AUGAGGAUUGGUCGUGUAUCCAUGUGGGAUGUGAGCGAUGAAGAGUGGGAUGAUCGUGUGCCCAUAUGGGGUGUGAGCGAUGUACCCGAAUUCAGACGAGAAAUAAUUGAACUUAGCCGUAAAGGUUUUCUUGAUAGAGAAACUUUCCUUGAUGAGUUUUUCUUCAACACUCUCCUUUUUAAUAACAAUUAUAAAAGUGAUCAUGCACUUAGUUUUGUGCCUGCUACCUUCACAACCAUUGGGGAUUCAACUCUCCUUGAUUUGAUUUCACUAGAGGCAGAAGUUGUUGCCUUGAACAAGGAAGGGGCAUGA